AUGGAUUCAGGCAACUCUUCUUCAGAAGAGUGCUCUCUUAAUGGCUUGAAAUUCGGCCAGCGUAUCUAUUUUGAGGAUACAUCUCUUGCAAACUCCUCCACUGCUAAUGCUAAUGCUAAUGGUUCUUCUUCUUCUGGUUCUAGAAAAGGAAGAGGUGGUUCGGUUCAACAUUCUCAACCUCCUAGGUGUCAAGUUGAGGGUUGUAAAGUAGAUCUGAGUGAUGCUAAAGCUUACUAUUCUAGACACAAAGUUUGUAGCAUGCACUCUAAAUCACCUACUGUUACUGUUUCUGGUCUCCAACAAAGGUUUUGUCAACAGUGUAGCAGGUUUCAUCAGCUUGCUGAGUUUGAUCAAGGAAAAAGAAGCUGCCGCAGACGACUAGCUGGUCAUAAUGAGCGUCGCAGAAAGCCCCCACCCAACUCUCUCUUAACCUCGCAUUUUGCCAGACUUUCUUCAUCUGUUUUUGAUAACAGCGGUGGAGGUGGCAGUUUCCUGAUGGAAUUUGCUCCACACCCGAAACUUAGUCUGAGGAAUUCACUUCCAUCAUCUGGGAAUCAAACCACAACUCUUGGUUGGCCUUGGCCGGGAAACUCGGAGUCGCCGUCUGACAACUUUUUCUUGGAAGGUUCGGUGGGUGGGACAAGCUUCCCUGGUGCCAGGCAUCCUACCGAGCAAAGUUACACCAGAGUCACAGAUUCAAGCUGUGCUCUCUCUCUUCUGUCAAAUCAAACAUGGGGUUCUAGAAACACAGAACCAAGUCUUGGAUUGAAUAACAUGCUGAAUUUCAACGAGACACCCAUGACACAACUUGCUACAUCUUCUCACGGUGUAGCCAUGCAUCAACUUCCAAACACUUCAUGUUAUUUCAAAGACAUUGAUCCCGGUAACCUUUCACACGAGGUUGUCCCCGAUCUUGGUCUAGGUCAUAUGUCGCAGCCUCUCGAUAGCCAAAUUCAUGGCGAUCUUGAUCUGUCACAGCAAGGAAGGAGGCAUUAUACGGAUGUAGAACACUCCAGGGACUAUGAAUCUUCUCAAUGGUCACUGUAA